AUGGAGAGCCAACUGUUUUACGACAGCGGUCUCACCCGUGCAGACCAUAUUGUGCUGAAAAAUUUGGAGAACGACAUCAUCAAGAGACGGGAGGCUCGCUCGGAACUAUCUAAAGCUGACAAUGACUGGCACCAUGUCUCAGCAGAGGCCCAGGCUGAACCGCAAGACGAAAAGGACUCAAUUGAGGCUACCAAGGACAUUGCUCUCCUCAAGUCUCUGAGAAACCCCAACGAUGCUCACUUUGAGCCAACCAUAUUUGUAUCCAUUGACGACCUUCCAAAUCGUCUUCCCAAGUCUGUCAACAAUCUUGUGCUACAGCCAUUCGUUCGUUGGGCCAGGAAAACAGCCCGAUAUGACACGGAUGUGGUGAUGAUUGUGCAUUUAAUACUCUACUUUACCACCUCAGUACCAAGUGCAAUCCUUCUGUUCCGGAACUUCAAUCUCAUCCACGGAUGCAUCCAUGCUGUCAUGCAGGUAUACUAUGUUGGCACCUACACCCUUAUGAUGCAUCAGCACAUUCACCAGCGGGGAAUUCUGUCCAAGAAGUACGCCCUGUUUGACAGGCUAUUUCCGUACAUCACGGAUCCUUUGAUGGGACACACGUGGAACUCAUACUUCUACCACCAUGUCAAGCACCACCACAUCGAAGGCAACGGUCCAGAUGACCUGUCCUCCACGAUCCGCUACCAACGGGACGAUAUCUUCCAUUUCCUUCACUACGUGGGGCGUUUCUUUUUCCUCGUCUGGCUGGACCUUCCAUUGUACUUUAUGCAAAAGCGUCGCUGGGGACUGGCUUUACGAGCGGCGGGCUGGGAAUUCGGCACCUAUUUCUUCUAUUAUUCCAUGGCAACAUUUGUAAACAAAUCAGCCACCUUUUUUGUGUACAUCAUCCCUUUCUUGCUGAUGAGACUGGGAUUGAUGGCGGGCAAUUGGGGUCAGCAUGCCUUUGUCGAUCCCGACGAGCCGGACUCUGACUAUCGAUCAAGUAUCACCUUGGUGGAUGUUGCAAGCAAUCGAUUCUGCUUCAAUGAUGGCUAUCAUACUUCACACCAUCUCAACCCGCUCAGGCAUUGGCGGGAUCACCCAAUCUCUUUCUUGGAGCAGCGGAAGACCUAUGGCAAAGAAGGAGCAAUCCUAUUUCACAACAUUGACUUCUUGAUGAUCACUUACCGACUGAUGGUAAAGGAUUAUGAAACCCUUGCCAAGUGUAUGGUUCCCCUUGGAGCUCAAGCAGAUCUCACGAUGGAGGGUCGAAUCAAGUAUUUGAAGAGCUUGACGCGCAAGUUUUCCGAAGAAGAAAUCCAGAAGAAAUUCAAAAAGCAGUCCUAACAUUCCACAUCGGCUAUUAUAACGGUGUUGGCACUGAAUCCGUUCUAAUACUCAUUGAUGUGGAUCUGCUUGCCCGAUUACUUGGAGAAAUAUGGUUGUAUGAUAGGCAGAAGAUCACCUUCCGAGGCAUUGAGAGCGCUCUGAUAGAAAGGAUAUAUCUGGUUAAAGCUGUACGGUAUUAUGGUUGGCUCACUGGGUUACUUAUUGCAUAUGAUUGCAAGUAAUGGCGGCGUUUUGGCAUAAGGAUGAUACGGAAUGGCCCUUGGAUUGAAUCAACACAUUGAU